AUGUCAAACGAGUGGAUUAUUACGAGAGAGGAGAGGACGAAACAUGACGCUCAGUUUGAGGCACUCGCUCCAGUUAAUAAUUUACUUUCUGGCGAAAAGGUAAGGCCCGUUUUGAUGAAAUCGAAUUUACCGGUCCAAGUACUUGGGCAUAUUUGGAACUUGGCAGAUAUAGACGGAGACGGCAGCCUAAACAAGUUGGAAUAUUCCAUUACUAUCCAUCUGAUCAGAUACAAACUGCAGGGCAAGGAUCUGCCUAAAACAUUGCCAGCUUCACUCAGCAAAAAAUUUCUCAACAAACACAACCAUCUCAACAACAACCAAAAAUGUCUCAACAACAACAACAAAAAACUCAACCACAGCCACCAAAACCACCGCAGCAACAACAACAACAAAAACCAAUACAGCAGCAGCAACUACAAAAACCAAUACAACAACAACAACAAAAACCAAUUCAACAACAACAACAAAGACAAAUACAGCAACAGAUAUCGCAACAACCGCAACAACAACAACAAAGAUCGCAACAACAACCCCAAAAACCAACGCAGGCACAACAACAAAAACUACAACAACAACCUCCACAACAACAACAAAAGCCACAGCAACCGCAGCAAUCCCAACCGCAGCAGCAAAAGCAGCAACAACAACAACCAAUCAAAUUACCCCAACCAGCUGCAACAACACAACAACAUCAAAGAGCCAGAGGACCCGCCACUUCCGGCAUGGGCCAACAGCAGUGCACAACUGGAUAAGUACAAAAUUGUCUUUCAGAAGAUUGACAGAUUGAAUAGAGGAUAUCUCACUGGGCUAGAAGCAAGGGCAAUCCUCUCCAAGUCAGGCCUGCCUAAUAAGAUCUUGGCUCAAAUUUGGAAUCUUUCAGACGUUGAUGAUGAUGGAUGUUUGAACGAGGAAGAAUUCUACAUCAGCAUGCAUUUCACAGAGGCUGCCAAACUUGGGCAAACCCUGCCUGUCUCACUGCCCUCUGAUUUCAUACCCCUGUCGAUGAGAAGGGCUACACCGCCACAAAAUAAUUUUCCACAACAACAACAAAAUGUUGCAACCUCUCAACAACAACAACAGCGGAAUAAAAAUCCGACUACUCUCUCACAACAACAGCCUCAAAGGCCACCACUACCAACAUCACCAAAAAAACUCCUCCCCCAGAAACCACCACAACCAAAUCUCUGCCACCACACUCCUCCUACUCAACCAAAGCAACAAAAACCACCACUACCGCUGCAGCAACCACAGCAGCAGCAACAAUUCAACCCUCAAAAUAUUCAACACAACAACAAAAGACAGAGUGUCUCUGACGAUGACCCUUUUGGCAUGGAGCCGCUGGAAAAUUUUUCACCAAUCGAAUCGCAACAACCUGAACAAUUCGGAACCAUAGACAACAACCAUGGUGAUGAUAAUUUCAACAACAACAACAAUGAACUUAACAACAGCGAGAACGUUCUUGAAACUGGCAACAACACCAACCAGCAGCAAGAAAAUCUAAGCGACGACGAACAACAUAACAUCUCAGCAACAAUCCAGCAACAGUUUCAGCAGCAGCAGCAGCAGCCAAUGUCUCAAGAAGAAAUUAUGGCAUACAAAGUCGUCAACGAAGUGAUGUCAACUCUGCCGAACGUCAUCGAGCCAUCAUCAGAAUGGGAGGAGCCCAGCGAGCAAGUUGCAGCCAACGAUGACAACAAUGUCUAUAGUAACGUAGAAGAAAAUGCCAACAACAAUUUUGAUAAUAGUGUGACUUGCGUUGAAAAUACAAAUGAAUACCAGAGUAAUGUCAGUAAUGUUUACGUUGAAAAUGACGGAACGUGCUACAGCGAAAACAAUGACAACAGCAACGAUGAUAACAUCAAUGAUUACAACAACAAUGAUUACAACAACAACAAUGAUAAUAACAACAACAACAAUGAUUACAUUAACAACGACAACAAUGAUGAUGAUGACGAAGACGACGAAGAUGACGAGAAAAGAGAGGAACAGGAGAAGCAAGAAAAAUUCCAAGCCCAGAUUGAGAGGCAGAAAGAACUCGAUAAAAUAAGAAAACAGGAGAUGGAGAAAAAGAAGAAGGAGGAUGAAGAAAAAAUAAGGAAAGAGAUUGAGGAAAGGAAGAGGCUGGAAGAGAUAGAGAGGAAAAAGAAAGAGGAGUUUGAUCGACAAAAGAAGGAAGAAUUUGAAAAGUACAGACUGGCCGAACUAGAGAAACAAAAACAGGCCGAGAUUGAAAGGCAUAAACAGAUUGAAAGAGAGAAAGAAGAACAAAAAAGAAGAGCCCAAGAAUUGAAAGAGGCUCAACUCUUGGAAGAACAGCGUCAGAGACAGUUGGACUGGGAGCACCAACGCCGAGAUCAACUCGUGCUAAUAAAAGCUCGCGAGCAAAAUCAGGUAGAUCAGGUAGAUAAGGAAGUCCUGAGGUUGAAAAAAGUCAUCGCUACGCACGAAAAGAAAAAAUCGGAGUUGGAGUCGAAAUUGGCCAAAGCAAGAACCGUGCUGAGCGAGUUCACGGCUGCCAUUGAUGGGAUGAGGUUGAGAAGAGACCAGAAACUGGCGGAAGACACGUACAACAUGGUCCUAAAAAACAUCCGCACUAAGAAGAGAACAGUUGAAAAGUUGACCGAACUGUUGAAGAAGAAUGAACUGGACAUUGAAAGCCGCGUUGAACUCUUCGAAACGAGAAACAACAACCUAUCUGAUCUGAAAUCAAAAAUGAACAAGCUACACUCCGAUGUUAGAUCGAUGCAACAGACUCUAAGAAGCAAACGAAAGGAAUGGGAAGAAAGGAGCUUCAGGGAACCUCAACAACACCAGAAAAGAGUUCAUAUUAUUUAUUAUUAUUUUUUUCUUCUAGGCUUAGUGGCCUACCAAGCCUUGUACGAAUUCACGGCACGCUCCACUGACGAACUAUCGCUGAGACCUGGCGAUAUAGUGUGGGUAAACCCAAAUACAGUUGGCGUAGAGGAAGGCUGGGUAAAAGGAGAUCUAAAUGGCGAAAGUGGGGUUUUCCCGGAAUCUUACGUGCAAAAAGUUGAAGAUACGACAGCAACAGCUGUGGCUGUCGCUGCUACUACUUCAGCUGCUGAUAAUAUGCAGCAGCAGCAGCAACAAGCUAGUGAUAACUGGGCGGCUUCAGAGAUCACAUCCAACGUCACCAACACCCAGGAGAACCUCUACAUAUCUCUAUACGACUACGUGUCAAACGAACCCGGAGAUUUGAACUUCAAACAGGGCGAGAUGGUAGAGGUCACCGAGUAUCAAGGGGAUUGGUGGCAAGGAAACAUUAACCAAUUACGUUUCGGGGUUUUUCCAGCUAAUUUUGUGGGCAAACCAACUCAACAGCAGCUGCAGCAGUACAUGCAGCAGCAACAACAGAAGCAACAACAGCUGAAACAACAGCAUCCCACUGCACCGACCGCCCCCAAGCAAACGAAUGAUGCUCCUAAGUUGACCGUCCUGAAAAAACCAGAAAUAGCUACAGCAAUCGCAGCUUACGAAGCCACAGGACCAGAGCAGCUGACUUUGCAGCCUGGCCAUCUGCUGCAAGUGCGAAAGAAAACUGAAACAGGCUGGUGGGAAGGCGAGUUACAAGUGAGAGGUCAACAGCGUAAGAUUGGAUGGUUUCCAUCGAGUUACGUCAAAUUAUUAGGAGGAGCUAGACAUUCCGCUGAUUGUUUGAACACGGAACGGCCAAAAGCAUCGAAAGUACCCGCUGCACCAGCACCUGAAAAAAUGUUGGUGCUCUACGAUUUUCAGUCAGACCGAGAUGACGAAUUAUCAUUCAAAAGUGGUGACGUCAUAACUGUCAUUUCGAAACCCCACGCCGAGUGGUGGAACGGAGAGCUGAACGGGGCGCAGGGAAUAUUUCCGGCAAACUUUGUAGGGCCCUGUUCAUGAUUGGUCGGCGUAAUUAGAAGGGGCGAUUGUUGAUAUAUUAUGUUGAUGAGAUAGUUAAUAUAUUAUGUUAAUGAGAUAGUUUAUAUAUUAUGUUAAUGAGAUAAUUAAUAUAUUAUGUUAAUCUCGAAGAUUUCAUUGAAUUAGUUAGGAUUUAUAAUGAUUUAUUUGUAAUUUAUUUGUGGUUAUGUGUAUAAUUGUUAGUUAAUUUAAAAAUUAUUCCUUAAUAGUAGUAGUAGUAAUAAUAGUAGUAGUAGUAGGUAGUAGUAGUAGUAGUGGUAAUAGUGGUAGUGGUAGUAGUAGUAGCAGUAAUAGUAGUAGUAGAGUUAUCGAGGACAAUAAUGAUUAGUGUUAAAUUGUAUAAUCGUUUUAAGCAUGGAUCAAUUAAGGCUUGAUAUUCCACUUUAAUGGCGCUUCUUGCAGUGAGUUCUAUUAUUUUUCAUUUAAUCAUAUUAUUACUAUUACUACCGCUACUUUUACUACUACUACUACUACGGCUGCUGCUGCUGCUACUUCUAUCAUUAUCAUCAUCUAAAUCCUCAAAUGUUAUUGUCGCAUUUUGCAUUUAUAGUCAUUUUUCUCGUCAUUGUAUUAGUUAGCACGUGUUACGUGUUCAUAUUUUGAAUGUUGUAUCAACAAACACACACACGCACACACACACACACACACACACACACACACACACACACACACGUACAGACACACACACACGCAUAUACAAACAUAAAUACAGGCUUACACAUACAUACAUGCAUAUACAACCCAUAUACGUAUACAGUUUCUUUGAAAAAAAUAGAUUUGUCAAGAAGCA